UUUUUUUUUUUUGCUGCUACAGACCACCACAACCUUUCAACUGCUAAGUAAAUUGUGUAAUAUUGUGUUAACAUUGUAUUUCCCUCGAAGUAAGUGUCACUGUUAGAAUCUAAUUGUACCUAUGGACAAGAGCUACAUGUGCUGUCACCACCAGUGACUACAGGUGUUGCCAAAUCAACCAGGACUAUUUUUAUUUUUAAAUGAGCUGUGUGUUCAUGUAACAGACUGGUAAAAGUUGACAUGGAAGAACAGGGUGAUGGAUCGCAUGUUGGGCCUAAUGAUGGCCUACUGUUGUUGUUGGUGGCAAUGGACCCCAACAGUGAGACCAAGAAGAUGACCUCGUACCUCCCAGGCAGCCCGUCCUCUGAGACAGAGAGACUGACCCCACCCAGAAACCCAGGCUGCAGCUGGUUGGUGGUAGUAGCAGCUGUAGCAGCCUCUCUGAGUGGCCUGAUGCUGGGCUAUGAAAUGGGCCUGACCUCCGGGGUGCUGCUGCAGCUGCGCGGCCUCCUCUCCCUCUCCUGCCGGGAACAGGAACUGCUGGUCAGCUCCCACCUGCUCGGCGCUCUCCUCAUCUGCCUUGCUGGAGGUCCCGUCCUGGAUCGCUAUGGCCGCCGCUGCUCCCUGCUCCUGAGCGCCGCCCUGGUGGUCGCAGGGACCGUCGUGCUCAUUGCCGUGACGUCCCUUGUCGCGCUGACGCUGGGCCGGGUGAUAGUGGGCAUGGGGACAUCGCUGUCGGGCACGGCAGCGUGCCUGUACAUUGCGGAGAUCUCUCCAAGGGAGAGGAGGGGUCUGCUGGUGACGCUGUACGAGCUGAUGUUGGUUGUGGGUGUCAUGUUGGGAUUCAGCUGUAGCUACGCCUUCGCUGCUGUGCCUCAUGGCUGGGCGUACACAUUUGGACUUGUAAUCCCCCCGGCGCUGCUGCAAAUAGGUGCACUCGUGUUCCUCCCACCCAGCCCACGCUUCCUGGUCACUCAGGGUAAAGUGGAGCAGGCCAAGACAGUGCUGGCCAGAAUGAGGGGCGGGGUUAAGGAGAAUGUUGAGGUGGAGCUCAGGGACAUUCAAGCUGGACUAAAAGAGGAAUCAGAGCACAGUUUCUGGGAGCUGUUCAGUUCCAAGGCUAACCUGCGUUCCAGGCUGCUAACAGGUGUAGCUUUAGUUUUCCUUCAGCAGGCUACUGGUCAGCCGAACAUCCUCUCCUAUGCCUCACCUCUUCUCCGCAGCGUAGGCUUCAACAGCGAUGCUGCAGCAACCUUAGCCUCCACAGGGUUCGGAGUGGUCAAAGUAGUCGGCACCAUCCCUGCUGUGUUGCUGGUCGACCGUGUGGGACCCAAGAGCUUUUUGUGCGUGGGCGCCGUUGCGAUGGGAUUGUCGCUAGCUGUACUCGGUUCCCUGACACUGCAAAGCCACACUCACCUCACCAGCCUGUGUAAAAGUCACACUAUACUAAACCAGACCCAGUACACACAUACGCCGUGGGAUAUAAACAGAACCUCCACAGACUUGGAGGUUAGUGACAUUUUUUCUACUCGCCUCCCCAGCCAGUGGAACAGUGAGGAGGCACAUAGGACUAACAGAGAGGAUGAUGGGGUGAGGGAGUCGCUAGGAGGAAGGACUCGUGUAGAAGUGUCUUCCUCACUGAAGUGGGCAUCAUUGAUCAGUUUGCUGGUGUAUGUGGCAGCUUUCUCCAUUAGCCUUGGGCCAAUGGUGUAUGUGGUUCUCAGUGAGAUCUUUCCAAUGGGAGUCAGAGGCAGGGCUGUGUCUGUGGUGUCAGCCGUAAACUGGGCCACAAACCUGCUCAUCUCCAUGACGUUCCUCACAAUGACAGAAAAGAUUGGUGUUCCUAAUGUGAUGUUCCUCUACGCUGCCAUGAGCUUUGUUCUACUGGUGUUUGUCAUCCUCUCCGUCCCUGAGACCAAAGGUCGCACACUGGAGGAGAUAUCAAAAGAGCUGGCUAAGAAGAAGCAUUUCGAGGUGCGGCUCUGCAGGCAGGUUCAGCCUCAGGAGAGCCUGAUCGCCGGCAGCUCGUCUGCAGAGACGUCAGCGCACAACUGACUUCUUUACCAGCCACAACGGUACACCUCACCUGAAGGAGAGUAAAGAGCAAGCAUCUAGAAAGACAUUGUAGUAGUACUGUUCAGAAAUUAGGGUACAACUCAUAUCAUCUCACCCACAUCUUUACAUGCCUGCAGGUCCAGCAUUCCUAUAAUGAUGUCUAAUUCCUUCUAGCUACAGAUGUGAAGGAAGAAAACUUUAGGGAUGGUGGAAGUUACACAUAAUAAAUAAGUAAACAAUGGAGAUGCAUUUGCUCAAAUGAGGAUAGCUCAGGGUUCAUUCUUGCUUGUUAAAAAACAAUAACUAAAGGUAAACAACUGGGAUUGAAUGUGAGAUUAUAUAGAAUAUAUACAAGAUUUAUUUAAGUUCUUUCUUUUUAUUUCUUUUUAAUCAGUGUCCCAAUGCAGAAAUGGGACAUUUUCCAUCUUUGGUUUAGGAUUGAAACUGACCCCUUGUCAGCCAGCAGAGCAGAAGCAAGCCCUUUACAUUAGUGGUUAAACUGGACUACAGACUUUUAGUCAUAUGAAUUUGAAUUCUUCCAUUCUGACCUGACAUUAUGAUGAACAAUGUUUGCUAGUUAGAACAAUGAACACUAAUAACCUCAAAUGGCAGUAUGUUCAACACUGAUUCUUUUCUGGACUGCAAAUAAUUAAUGUAAUGUGACUUCUUCAUCCUAUGUAGUGUAAUAACACCAGUGUAGCUCAAAUCAGUCAUAGCAGUUAUGUCUAUACCAGUUGUGUUAUAUCUAUAAUGGCAAAAACAUGUAUGCAGGCCACAGUAGUCUCAGUAAGAGCUCUGUCUCUCCACUUUGACAUUUUAUGGGAACAAGCAAUCAAGACAGUGAUAAUGAAUGAACAGAUUCAGCUCCACUGUGUUUGGGCUGGCUGCUGAAUCCUCAAAAACAAAAAAUCAAGCACAAAAUACUAAACCCAUCAGGUCUUGUAGUAAUGUAAAUAAUUUAGAAGCUAAUACUGUUGUGGAGUAGGAAGGAUUUUUUUUUUACUUCUGUCAGUGAUGCCAAAAUUAUAAAUUGAUUAAUGAGUGAAAUGUUUUACUGUAAGAAAAGAACAAUUUGUGUGGACCUUUUCACAAAUACAUUUUUUAAUCUGUACCCUUUCUUCACACAGUGAAAUGUAGACAUGUAUUUGCAAAGUCUGUCGCAUUGAAAACCUUAGAAAACCCUUUAUGGGGAAUGCUGUUGAAACUGGUUCAUACAUAAUGAGGACAAAUGAGAAGGACAAAUGAGAAGAAUGAUGGAAAAGUAGAUAUUAGAAUUUUAUCAUUAACCUUUAUUAUCUUAUACAAAAUACAAAAUUCUGAACAAGUGUCACAAAUCUUCAGUUAACACUGGUUCAAAAAGCACUCCAUCCCACAUACUUCAGACAACAUUUCAGUUUUUGUGAACAUCUUUUCCAUCAGAUGCAUUUAUUAUAUACAUACAUACAUACAUACAUGUUACCACUAUGGAUGUUAUAUCCAGCGCAAGUGUCAACAGUCAUGUUAAAUACAAGAUUGCAGUUUCAAUUUAAAAGCACUUCUUCCCACUGAAAUUUAAGAGAAGGGUUUGUUUUUCAGACAGUUGGUAUGAGCAUAAGACAAGAUUUGAACAUGUUGUCUUUGAUCACAAAUGUUGCUUAAAAAACUAAUUCACCAUUUUGCCAAACUUUCAAACAGAUGACUGUGCUAACUGCCUUACAACUUUGUAUGAUUAAAGAGAGCAGAUGCCUAAACAGUGCGAUCCUUUCUUUCAACGA